AUGGGUUCUUCUUCUUUACCAGCUAACAAUAAGUUCGUACCCAAUGAACAAGACGUUCUGCAGAGACAUGUGGCCUUCUUUGACAGGAACCAUGAUGGCAUUGUUUAUCCAUGGGAGACUUUUCAAGGUUUUCGUGCAAUUGGCUGUGGCAUUCUGUUGUCCACAGUAAGUUCUUUUCUCAUCAAUGCGGCCCUCAGUCAGAAGACGCGCGAGGGAAAGUUCCCUUCUCCGCUUCUUCCCAUUGAAGUCAAAAACAUCCAUAAAGCCAAACACGGAAGCGACUCCGGUGUCUAUGAUUCCCACGGAAGGUUUGUUCCUUCAAAGUUUGAAGAUAUCUUCUGCAAGCAUGCUCAUACGCAUCCCGAUGCUUUGACAUCAGAUGAACUGAUGGGCAUGCUCAAGGCCAAUAGGGAGCCAAAGGAUUAUGCAGGAUGGGUUGCCAGCUGGACAGAAUGGAAGAUCCUCUAUGUUCUUUGCAAGGACAGCCGUGGUUUAUUGCACAAAGACACAAUUAGAGCUGUUUAUGAUGGAAGCCUAUUCGAGCGCAUGGAGAAGGAAAGAAUCGAAAAAUCAGCGUCUAAAAAGAACGAGUAA